AUGGCGCAGCCUGCAAUUGCAGCGCGAUAUGCGGUCCUGAUCGGAAUUGACGCUUACCCAGAGAGCCCUCUCAGAGGGUGCGUCACAGAUGUCACUGAGAUGAAGAAGCAUCUGGUACGAAAGUUCCCUGCUGUACAUAUGCGGGCCUUCACAGCAAGCCCGUCAGAAGUGUCAACUCCUUCUGGUCUGGUCGAGAAUCCGGAAUUUUGGCCAACAUAUCAUAACGUUGUAUCGAGCCUCCACUGGGUCACGUCCGCAGCCAAGCCUGGCGAUUUGGUUUACAUACAUUUUUCCGGGCAUGGCAUCAACGUCCAUCCGCGCAGUGACCCCCAUGUGAGCGAUCUGGCAUUGGUACUCCUGGAGGUGCGAGAUAGUGUCGCAAUUCGAUACUUAAGAGGUUUUGAGUUGGCGUGGUUGCUCAAGAAUAUGGUAGAAAAAGACUUGAUGGUCACUCUGGUUUUGGACUGCUGCGAAUCUGGUAGCGUUAUGCGCAGUGACUCUGCAGUCCGCAGUAUCAAGUACAACCCGAAAGUCGACGCUACAUAUCCGUUGCAAGCAGAUCGAAUGCUUCACCACAACACUGAAUCAGACAGUUCGACUCACCGCGCUGCAUCUAUGCGACCGAACUGGCUACUAAAUCCUAACGGCUAUACCAUACUGACAGCUUGUGGACCUACCGAGCAGGCAAAGGAAAUUGAACUCAAACAUAACGGCAAGAGACACGGAGCGUUGUCCUAUUUUCUCAUCAAUGCCUUUGCUAAACCCGAAGGCGUUGAAGUGAAGAGUCGACAUAUGUACUACCAUCUGUGCGCCCGAUUUCGAGAAACUCGUGACGUACGACAGAAUGAGCAAAAUCCUAUGUUCUACGGAAACAGAGACCUUGGGUUCUUCGGAGACACUGCAUCGGUGACCGACAGGAUGGCCGUUCCGGUCCUCAGAACGGCCGAUCGAGGACUACAGCUUGAAGCCGGACAAGCGCAUGGUAUCUGUAGUGGUGAUCGGUUUGCCCUACAUCCUUUGGGUCAGGUAACAGUCUUUGAAAAUACACACACCGCUUCGACCAUUGCGACCAUUGCAACUGUUAUCAAGGUCGAGGCUCUCAGAUCAUAUUUGAAGCUGCUGGAUGCGCCGACCCCUUUUCCCUCCACAGGAUGGAUGGCAACACCUCUCACAUACUUUUCGCUUCGAAAUUUCCCGAUAAAACUCGAUGUCGAUCUUCCAUUGCCUUUAGAAUGGGUGGACGCAUUCCAAGAGAAAGAGUCUCUCCUGCUUUACAACGCUCAUGUCGGAGAACCUGAUGCUACAUGGUCAUUCCGUGUGACUCCGACCAUCGAGCACUCGUACGAAAUUUGCGAUGAUACGACUGCAGAUGUCAUCCAUGUUCCAAAUGCUCAUGGAGAUAAUUGGAUCCCAGACAAAACCAAGGAGAGUGGGCGGAUGUACUACGAGGAUACUAUCAAAGUAUUUCUCACAAAUCAACCGACUUCAUUCAUGUCGUUGGAACUGCCGGGACUCGCUACACAAGCCGAACGGGGAGAGCGAGCCCAGACGAGAAGAUGGCAAGAUACGAGGCUAUCAGAUGACUGGGCUGCAUUCAACUUUCGUGUACGUAUUUUUGUCAAGUAG